CCAGCUCCAACUCCGAGCGUCCCUCCGCCGUGAGGCGCGCUUCGGCGAGAAGGAUUCCCUUGGGCUGUUGGUCUGCGCUGGUAUGUCUGCGUCGCUUGGGGCGCUCGUGGUGUCGUGGACCUUUUGCGUGCUCGAAACGCUAGAACGGAGGACUAGACUACGUUGGGGUGGGGGGGGGGGACGAGACGGACGGUGCUGCGGCUGUGGGGACGCUCCGUGCGGACGACUAGCGAGGUGUUUAGUCAAGGGGGCAGGCAUUAUUUACCCGAGAGACCAGGGCCGAAGUAAGAAACUAGGUAGACGGGCAAGAGUCGGCGGUUGGUGUGUGUACAUACAUUGCACUCGGUGUCUACGGAUCGGAGGACCGUUUGGCCCGAGGCAUGGUGCUAGGUUUCCGAGGCUAGGAAGAGGUAGGAUAGAGAAGGCGUAGCACUUGUGGUAGAUGCCCGGGCUACGAGCCGGAUCUAGUUUCAUAGGCAGCCCUAGCUAGAGGUGGUUCCGUAAUGAACCACGAAGACAAGAUAU